CCUGCAGAACUGCACGCCAGGACGUGGUUCAGGACUGUCAAGCUAUUUAUUCAAAGGUGUAUGGCACCAUAUUCCCGUGUCAUGAAUCCUGUUCAGGGGUCUCUCUCCCAAGAGAUAAAACUACAGGAAAGGGAGGAUUCUGAGAAGGAAGACGGCCAGUCAAAUGUAACGACAACGACCAAAGGAUACAGAGCCAAGACGUCCAGUCUCCCGUUUAGUGUCGAAUCGCUCAUUGCAGACAGAACGACAUGUCGGACUCAAAACUUUCCCCCAGAAUCGGGACUAGUUCCACCGAAGUCUUUGGCAGAACGGACGCUACAUCUUUCUCAGAGGACCGUUCAUGUAGAGAAAAAUAUUUCCCUGGAGAGCUUUCCAAAUAUACCAGAAUGCAACAAAAAAGAGAGCGAAGAGCUCAACGAUAACGACCAGAGCACUUGGUUUCAGACUUCAUCUUACUCCACCCCACCAAGACACCCAAGUCCAUCACCUUGCGCCCUCAGGAAACACAAGAACAACAGAAAACCACGAACGCCUUUCACCACCUCGCAGUUGCUUUCCUUGGAGCGAAAGUUUCGUCAGAAACAGUACCUUUCCAUUGCAGAGAGAGCUGAAUUCUCGAAUUCGCUCAACCUCACGGAAACGCAGGUCAAAAUUUGGUUCCAGAACAGAAGGGCAAAAGCUAAGAGACUCCAAGAGGCCGAGCUGGAAAAACUUAAACUCGCAACUAAACCGCUCCUACCUGCUUUCGCGUUCCCGUUCCCGCUGGGGGCUCACAUGGGUUCGCCGGCGCUCUAUGGGCCUUCCAAUUCUUUUCCAAGGCCGACUUUGCCAGUUCCUGGACUUUUCAGCGGACCUGUUACCUAUGGAAUGUACUAUUUGUCUUAAAUGGGUAAAUACGUCGAUGAAGCAGUUUUUGUGACUUUUUAUAAAGCCAUGUUUGUGUGCGCAGUUCUUGUAGCCCAGGACGUGUAAAAUGUCACCGCCCGAUCACACUUUUGUAUGUACGUCCCUCUAAUUGCGAAAACCAUCAUAUCUGUCAAUAACUAAUUAAAGUGCUACCGUGUUGUUACUUAUACAACUGAAGUGAUUGUACAUGGCCAAAAUCAAAAAGGAAAAUAUACUGUGUAAGUAACAAAUACUUGUUAUUCGCAGUUAAGGACAA